AUGAAACCCGAUGCCUUUGAUGGCACGAAAUCCAAGUACAUCGCUUGGAAAACCCAGAUGAAGCUUUACGUAAUAAUGCAGAGGAAGCGACUACCUGAGCAGUUCGACAGGGUCUUAAUGAUCUUGUCCUAUAUGAAAAGAGGACACGUGGGCGAAUAUGUAGCCACGUACAUGAAGAAGUACGAUAUGAAUGAAGAUACCGUAAUCCAGACCACGAAAGAUCUAUGGAAGGAUCUGGACGUACACUUCCUAAUUGACGAACAAGUGGAGGCAUACGAUAGGCUGCAGGCAAUGCAGAUGGAAGCACUAUCAGCGCAAGAGUUUUUCUCGAAGUUCGAACUAUGCGCCUUCCAGGCAAAUAUCCACGACUUCAAGGCGCACUUCCAAGAAUUAAAAUUGCUUCUAGAAAAAGCACUGCGGGCCGAUAUCAUCCGGCUUCUGUACAAUUCUUUGGAAGAACUCCUGGCCACCUACGUGCUCUACAAGCAACAGGUCCUGUGCAUCGACCUGAAGCAACAAUACGACCUUGUCGGCGCCGCCUUCUGA